GCCACUUUUUCCUCCCAGUCCGCCCCUGACUACAAUUGUCUCUUUCCUGUAGGAGACGAGUGUUCACAGGAUGAGAGUGGAGCGGUGGCCAUCUUUUCCACACAGCUGGAUGACUUCCUGGGUGGUGGGCCAGUGCAGUACAGGGAGCUGCAGAACUGCGAAUCCAACACCUUCCUGGGGUACUUCAGGUCAGGAAUCAAGUACCAGAAAGGGGGCGUGGCUUCAGGGUUCCAACAUGUGGUGACCAACGACUCCGACGUGAAGCGCCUGCUGCACAUCAAGGGCCGCCGGGCCAUCAGGGCCACCGAGGUGGACAUGUCCUGGAACAGCUUCAACAAGGGGGACUGCUUCAUCGUGGACCUGGGCAAGGACGUGUACCAGUGGUGUGGCAGUGAGUGUAACCGCUUCGAGAGGCUGAAGGCCGCCGAGGUCAGCCUCGGCAUCCGAGACAACGAGAGGAACGGCCGAGCCAAGGUGCACAUGGUGGAGGAGGGGGAGGAGCCUGCAGCCAUCAUAGAGGCUCUGGGGCCCAAAACCGCCAUAGCUCCCAGCAACGUGGACGAUGAUAAGGUGGACACCUCCAACAGGAAGAAGGGUGCCCUCUUCAUGGUCUCUGAUGCCACCGGCGCGGUAAAGGUGACGGCUGUGGCUCUGUCCAGUCCCUUCAAACAGGCCAUGCUGUCUCCUGAGGAGUGCUACAUCCUGGACAACGGGGUCGACAAGAACAUCUUCGUUUGGAAAGGUCCCAAGGCUAACAUGACAGAGCGUAAAGCAGCCAUGGCAACAGGCCAGCAGUUCAUCCAAGACAAGGGAUACUCCAACAAGACCCAGAUCCAGGUUCUUCCUGCAGGAGCCGAGACCACCAUGUUCAAGCAGUUCUUCUGCGACUGGAAGGACAAAGACGAGACCACGGGCCCCAGCAAGGCCUACACUAUCGGCCGCAUCGCCAAGGUGGUCCAGGUGCCCUUCGACGCCUCCUCCCUGCACUCCAACAAGGCGAUGGCCGCCCAGCACGGCAUGGUGGACGAUGGCAAGGGCAAGGUCACGAUUUGGCGUGUUGAGGGGGAGAAGGUGCUUGUGGACCUCUCCUCCUACGGUCACUUCUAUGGUGGAGACUGCUACCUGAUCCUGUAUAGCUACAGGCUGGGGGCCCGCGAGCAGCACCUCAUCUACACCUGGUGGGUAAAACAAAUGUGUGAAUUACAAGCUGUAGUAUUGGGAGCACACAUGACCUCAAACACACCAUGGAUAGAUAAUGAACCAAUGGACCCCACAACCACUCAGACAUAGAAGCAAGACACACAG